GUGGGGCAUUCUAUUUGGGGCUCGUCGAUGUCGUAGUGCAAAAUGAGAAUCACAGCUCGGCUACACUACUAUCGACGUUAAGAUGAGGCUAAUCGAGCACAAGUAGGAAACACCAGAGACGACAACGACGUGAGAGGAACGAGAGACAGGAGAGCAAAGAUAUCCAAAUUUUGGAAAGUGCUAGUGCUGGUGGUUGUGCGGUGGUGGGUGACUUUUUGAAGGUGACCUCCCGAUUAAUUAGGAAUAAGGAUGGCAGAAGGUGAUCCACUUUCGGAAUUACUUUCCGUCGAAUUUGAAGUUUUCGGCAAAGUUCAGGGCUGUUAUUUUCCAAAAUUUACGAGAGACCUGUGUAACGAGCUCGGUAUCGUUGGUUGGGUGAAAAAUAGUCCUUGUGGAACGAUAAUGGGGAAAAUGCAGGGCCCCAAACCCUACGUCGAGCAAAUGCAGCAUUGGCUGACCACCAUAGGGAGUCCAGGCUCCGAAAUUCAUCACUGCGAACUCACGAAUAUCGAAUCAAUAGCGAGGCUCGGAUAUCGAGGAUUUGCCAUACGUUUCUGACGCGAUACCACUGUACCUCUCCUCAUUUGGUUUUAACGAUGAGCUCAAUCGAUCCGAUCGAAAUGAUGCGUGAAAGGAGGAUGAUGCCCGACGAGGACGUGCGGGCAGCGAAACGUCGACGAAUCCCAAUCGAACAGCUGCUCGUCUCAGCCUCAAUCCACAAAAGACCAUUUUUUGUCUUUCUCGAGGCUCCGAACCAGCCAGAAGUAAACUUGACUCUCACACUGCGAUAAAAACAAGUAUAUAGUGUAAAUUUCAUUAUAAUGUACAGAAAUAACAGAUAAUGCGGAAGGAGUGAUACGGAGGAGAGCACUUUAAAUGAAAACGGAUCUACCCCUCGGUUCCCACUGUAAUUAAUCCAUUAAUUCAUUGAAAUUUUCUAUAUAUAUUCAUGUAUUUAAUAUAUAUAUACGUGUUAUUGAACAACUAUUAUUGAAAAUUUGAAUAAAUUCACGAAAAAAAUGUCGUAGCUCCGCAACGAUUAAACGCGUAUACGACUGAUUGGUCAAUUAACGAUAUUUUAUGUAUGUAAUUACAUAUGUAUGAAUAGAUAUGUACAUAAAGGUAAAUAUAACGACGAGUAGUGAAUGAAAUAACAACAAAA